AUGGCGAUCGCCGGCGCUGAUGAUGAAGCCGGAACUCCGCUUCUUGCUGAAACCGUUGACGGAUCCGUCGACUACAGAAGCAAACCCGCCGUCAGGGCUUCCUCCGGAGGUUGGAGAUCCGCCGGAUUCAUUAUCGGCGUGGAGGUUGCUGAGCGGUUCGCUUACUACGGUAUUUCGUCGAAUCUGAUAACGUAUUUGACGGGACCACUGGGGCAGUCGACGGCGGCUGCCGCGGCUAACGUCAAUGCCUGGUCUGGAACGGCGUCGUUGCUUCCGCUCCUUGGUGCUUUCGUAGCAGACUCUUUUCUAGGUCGUUUCCGUACAAUCCUCGCCGCCUCUGCUCUCUAUGUACUGGGGCUUGCUUUACUGACUUUGUCUGCCAUGAUUCCUUCAGACUGCAACGUUACCAAUCUGCUCACGUCAUGCUCUCCUCGGUUUCAAGUGAUUACAUUCUUCAGUGCCCUGUAUCUAGUGGGGCUAGCCCAAGGUGGGCACAAACCGUGUGUUCAGGCUUUUGGUGCGGAUCAGUUUGAUGAAAAGGACCCUGAAGAGUGCGAAGCAAAGGGUUCUUUUUUCAAUUGGUGGUACUUUGGCAUGUGCUUUGGGACCUUAGUCACUCUAUGGGUCUUGAAUUACGUCCAAGACAAUCUCAGCUGGGCUCUAGGCUUUGGUAUUCCAUGCAUUGCUAUGGUAGUUGCUUUGGUUGUUUUCUUGCUCGGUACCACCACUUACCGCUUUAGCGUUCGGAGAGAAGAUCGAAGCCCUUUUGCGAGGAUCGGAAACGUUUACGUCGCAGCUGCGAAGAACUGGAGUGUAUCAGCUUCAGCUGUGGCUGAUGCAGAAGAGAGACUUGGUCUAAUGUCUGACAAAAGCUCACAGCAAUUCAGUUUUCUCAACAAAGCUCUGGUGGCAAAGAAUGGUUCUUGUAGUAGAGAUGAACUUGAAGAAGCAAAAUCAGUGCUUAGGCUAGCUCCGAUUUGGUUAACUUGCUUGGUUUAUGCGGUUGUGUUUGCGCAGUCUCCAACGUUCUUCACCAAACAAGGAGCCACAAUGGAGAGAUCAAUCACACCGAGUUACAAGAUCUCUCCGGCCACCCUCCAGUCAUUCAUCAGCCUCUCUAUAGUCAUCUUCAUCCCCAUGUACGACCGCGUACUCAUCCCAAUCGCAAGAUCUUUCACACAUAAACCAGGCGGAAUCACGAUGCUUCAGAGAAUCGGCACAGGCAUAUUCCUCUCUUUCCUAGCUAUGGUAAUCGCCGCUCUGGUGGAGACGAAGAGGCUUAAAACCGCUGCGGAUCACGGUCUCGUCGAUUCGCCAGACGCUACGGUUCCGAUGAGUGUGUGGUGGUUGGUUCCUCAGUAUGUUCUCUACGGUAUCUCGGAUGUUUUUGCGAUGGUGGGUCUUCAAGAGUUCUUCUACGACCAGGUCCCGAGCGAGCUGAGGAGCGUUGGAUUGGCUCUGUACUUGAGCAUAUUCGGCAUUGGUAGCUUUCUCAGCAGUUUUAUGAUAUCAGUCAUUGAGAAAGCCACGAGCCAAUCUGGUCAAGUGAGUUGGUUUGCGAACAACCUGAACCAGGCUCAUCUGGAUUAUUUUUACUGGUUACUUGCUUGUUUCAGCUUCAUUGGCUUAGCCUUCUACUUGUAUUUUGCAAAGUCCUAUGUCUCUAAAAGGCUCAACACCCUUUAA